UUUAAAGGCCAAACAUACUGGGAGAUUUAAAAGUAUCCCGUGAUUGCGCACUUUUCGACUGGUUCGUAGCUGUUUUGUAUUUCUUCACUUUCCUCAUUCAACUUAACAAAUGUUUAACUGAAUAAUCCUUGAAUAAAUGUAUAUCCUCAAGCCACACUGCUUUCAGAACGUGAUAAAAAUCUUUCUAGCAUGGCGCAUCUUUUGACCGCAGACAAAUUGGCUGAGAUCAAAAAUUAUGAGGAGCAAAUGUUUGAUUACUUUUCCCACUACUCAGCGAAGCUUCGCGAGUGGUACGCAAAUGGUGGUGACAAGUCCGAAGAUUACAAGGCUCAGUAUGACAAACUUACGGAGGAGUACUACAGAUACCUUAAGUAUAUCCAACGUUUAAGAAGCAUGACAACAGUGGGAUAUGACGUCUCCCAUCAAGUCGAAGCUAGCACCAUUCAAAACAUCCAACGUCAAACUACUGAUAGUGUUCCAAACUCAAAUACAACCUAUUCGGCAUCUGCUGCUGCCGACUACACUCGUUACUAUCAGAAUAUGAUUAGUUAUUUUGGAAAACUUUUGGAGUCUGUUCAGCAAAAUGAUCCUGAGUUCAAUGAGAGCUCCGAUGAGGAGAAUAAAGACAAAGAGAAAAUAAAACCAGAUGGGACUGUGGAUCUCGAUAAUGCAGUUUCAGAAGAAAAGAAGGCCCUCCCGGAAAACUCAGAGGUGCUGGAUCCUUGUUCUGACCCGAACGCCGUAAUGAAGGAAUAUUUUGACCGUUAUGUUAAAGCUGGAGAUUGGGAUUGGGCGUCUUGGAAUAAUUACCUUAGUUGGAUCGCUCGUACCAAUCCUCAGUGGUAUGAAAUAUUUGUGAAUUUAAGCCGAGGACUCGGCAUAGAUUGGGAUGACAUGUAUAAAAAAUGGGUCAGUUCGGUGUCAGGGGAUUCCAGUUGCAAUAAAAAUGCACCUACGUCUUAUUAUUCAGGUGACCAGAACUUUUCCCUUGCAAACUACCUUGGAUUAGGGUCCACUAAUAUACCAACUGUUUGUAAACAAAAUGUUGGAAAUGAUGACAAUGAUGACAGUGAAGGCUCGCAGCACUAUUGUGCAACUUGCAAACAAGAUUUUGGUACCGAGCGUGCGUUCAUGUUACACAUACGUGGUCUGACACAUACUCAAAGGACUCUUCAGUCUAGUGGAAUAAAUUCAUUUGACUCCAGUGUUUUAGAGGAGAACUGGGAGGUAAAACAUCACGAAUGGUUGAAAUCUCAGUAUUUAAAUGAACUUAAUUCUAUUGUUGGAUUAUCUGGAUCAUUUUACUGUGAGUUGUGUGAAGUGGAAUUCCCAUCUCACAAAGCUCUUGGUUCACAUCUUAAUGGACGUCGGCAUCGAGAAAAUGUUUUUAUUUUUGAGUCAACUGGAGAUCGUUCUUUGUUGAAGGGUAAACGUCAGGCUCAAGUAAAAGUUACUGCCAAGAUACAACCAUUUCUUGAUGUGUGUACUCAACCUCUAAUAGGACUCAAUUAUAUGAUCGAGUAUCAGUUACGGGAACUGGAUGAAUGUCUGUAUAUUUGUAGUCUCUGCAAUCAGUGGUUACCAAAAAAGUCAGUGAUAAAUCACCUGUGUAGUAUUAUCCAUCGGAAAACAUAUCUUAACACAUAUUACUUACCUCUGUUCAGAAUUAUUGACCGGGAUUAUAGUGAUAAAUCACUUCAAGCUUGUCGACUGGAGGUUUAUGCUCGUAAGAUAGAAGAUUUUGAAGGAAGGAAACGUCUUAUUAUCAAAGAACAUUCUGUAGCAGAUCUUGAUCUGCAAAGCGAAAUUAUACGUCUUAUUCAAGAACACAAUGAAGCACGUCUUUUAAAAGAGAAGUGUCAAAAUUCGGUAAGAAUUCAAAUCUUUAUUAACUUUUUAUAAUUACCUUUCUAUAAAGCCUCCGCGUACUUGUGAGCACUCCGCUUCUAAUACUCCCGUUUCGGGAGACCUUGAAGAAGGAGAAAUAAGAGAAGAUUCUUCUGAUGAAGAAACAAAUACUGCAGAAGUGAGCUCUCCAGAUUCUGACUCAAGUUUUUAUGCACGUUACAAUGUUAUCAUGAGAUCAAUCGAUAAAAAAAGAAACAGUGUUACCGAUGUUGACACAAGCAAUUCAAACAGAAAGUCUCAAUUUCUUGUGGAUACUAUUAUAUCAGAAAACAAGGAUAUACAACUGAACGGAGAAUUUGUAGAGGAUAUAACAAUCACAGAUGAGGAUUGUGAAAAAUAUAUGUACGUUGACAUUCAGUUUACUUGGUAUUUUGCAUAUUCUAGUUUUUGAAAAGUCAAGUACUUUAGGUUUAAAAUAUAUUGGUUAUACGGAUCAACAGAUUGCUAGUUAUAAUCGUAUAACAAGCUGUUACAUACUAUCUGAUAAUAUGACGCUACUCAUAGUUGACAUUCUUCCGUGAAAUCCUUUUUCUUUAUCGACCAUUGUCACAUAUCUUUACUUGGAG